AUGGUUAAAACGGCAAUAAUGAUUUUACAAGAGUUAGGAGUGAAAGAUGGCUUCUUACCAGUUUACACAUUGCUUCGUUCAGAAACUGGUAAGCACAUAAAUAUAUUUACUUAUGAAGUAAAAUAUAAAGAUUUCUCAGCAACUGGACAAGCUUUGAGUAAAAAAGAUGCGAAGCAGAAAGCAGCUCAGAAUAUGUUAACAUUAUUGGAAGACCCAAAUGAUAUUUCCAAGACGAGACCACUAUCAUCAUCAAACGACAUUUAUCCUGAUGCUUCCCCUUCAACAUCAGGACAAGCUUUGCUAGAUUCAACAUUAAUGCAUGAAGACCUUAAAAAUUAUGUUGGAUCUUUGCAAGAAUACUGUGUAGAAAAUAAAUUAACGCAGGCAGAGUAUCAAAUUACUGAUAUAACUGGCCUAGCACACGAACAAGUGUUUACCAUGUCCUGUACAGUAGGGUCAAUAACUGAAGAAGCAACGGGAACUACAAAAAAGCAAGUCAAACAAAGAGUAGCAAAAAAGAUAUUAGAACGUCUCACAAAUACUAAUGAUCCGUCAGUUGCAAACAAAGAUGAAUGCGGAUCUUAUAAUCCUUUUGAAGACUGUGACAAGUUGUCUGACAUAGACAAUGAUGUUCUUGACAAGUUAAGUUUAAAAAUAGAUAAUUGUAAACUAAACGAAACCAAAUCUCAAGCAAAUAAGAAAAAAAAAUAUCUAGAUGCAAAGGUCAAGAGUUACCUAGGACGAAUAUUUCAAAAUGAAGUUAUUGAUUUCGAAAAUUAUCAUUCGUUCUUCAAACAGUACGUUUACAAUACUGUUUGCAAUGGUAGCGAGGAAAAAUUCAUGGAAAUAUUUAAUACUGUCAAGAGCUUUAAGACGAAUUUUACAGAUAUAGAGAAAUGUGACAUCGUAACUUUAACUUCUCUGGAACAGGAGAUUUUAACAUAUAUUCAAGAGAAAAUGAAAUUAUCCAUAGAAAGAAAGAUUAUAGGUUCCAAUGAUCCAUCGCUACAGUUAACUGUUUUUAGAAUAAAUGCUCCUAUACCUAUAACUCAAAUUGGAGCACAUAAAGAUUCUGUGGUUUCAGGAGCAAUAGCUCUAGCUAAUAUUCUUGACACGAUUAUAACAUUCUUGGAGUAAAUGUAAAUGUCCAAUUUCUUACAGUUGUUCUUACAAUUUUACGUUCUGACAUUUACUUUUUGAUAUUAUAAUUUAUAUAUGUCGAUAUCACAAUUUAUACAAUCGUAAUUGUGUUCGCAAUUGUGAUAAUAAUCGUGACAAUAAUCGUGAUCGUGAUCGUAGUCGUAGUCGUAAUCGGGAUCUUAAUCUUAUUCGGAAUCUUAAUCUUAACCUUAAUCUUAAUCGGAAUCGUAGUCGUGAUCGUGAUUGUAGUUGUAGUCGUAGUCGUAAUCCGAUUCUUAAUCUUAAUCUUAAUCGGAAUCAGAAUCGUGGUCGUUAUCGUGAUCGUAGUCGUAGUCGUAGUCUUGAUCGUGAUCGUGAUCGUGUUGUGAUCGUAGUCAUAGUCGUAGUCGUAAUCAUGAUUGAUGUCGUAAUCGUUGUUGUAAUUGCAACGUAAUCGUAAUAGUAAUCAAAUGUAAUGGUAACCCUAAAAAAGAUUUUAUACCUUGAGGCUUUACAUAAUCUAUGAAAUUAUAAUCGUAUAAGUAUAUUUUAUAAACUUUUAAAAUCCAUUAAAGUGAAUUUAAGACUUGAAAUAUUUAUUAUAAAAGAAAAUAAAAAAUAAAUGAUCAAUAUAAAAUGUUAGACUGUAAGCGUACAAAUAUAUUUUAUGUCUCGAUAUUUGAUAUAAAAUGUAAAAUUUUAAUCGUAUAAAUAUAUUUUAUUACCUUGACUUUGUUAUAUGUAAACUAAGAAACUGUAAAUGUAUAAAUAUAGUACAAAAUCUUGACGUUUUACAAGAACCGAAAUUGUAACAACAAAAGGCAAAUAAAAAUGGCUGUAAAAGUACUUGUCAUCGUGUUACGUGUAUAAAGAAAAUUCCCUAUUCGAAACAUGUUAUUUUUGGUUUGAAAAGUUAUUAGGCGGGAAUAUAUGAAUUUACCCGUAUUUCAGUCAAUGCUUUUCUUCUAAUUUCUGCAUUAUUCUCUGCAUUAUUAUUUAUUUGUUUAUUAAAAAAUUACUUAUUUAUUACAUUAAAAAAUUAAUUAUUUAUUUUAUUAAAAAGUUAUGAAUGAAAGUUUGAAGAUAUACGUCUUAAUCGCUGCCAAUUUAUUGUCAAUUGAUUUGAAAUAUACAGGAAGGGACGCUAUUCAUGAAAAUCGUGCAAACGCGAUAAUUUCCGCUUUAUUUAUAACCUAUAAAUAAGUGUUAAAGGAAUUGUGAAAUAAUGCUGUUCAGUAUAAGACAACUACACUUGAGAGUGAUUUGUAAUAGAAAAAUUUUGGAUACAUUUAUUGCUAAACCUACAACAGAUCUACAAAGAAAAUAGAAAACGACAGAGUAUCAUGGUCAGAAAAAUUAAAUCACAAAAAAAAGUUUCUCCAAAUGAAGAAACUCUUUUAGAUAAGGAAAGUGAUAAGAUCAAUAAUAAAAACGGAUGGAGCAAUCGUAUCAUCAAACUCAAAGAAAAUGAUAGUAUUACUAGGUCUUUAAUGAUAAAUGUAAAGUCUCGUAAGAAACGAAAGAAGAACGAUCAGAUUCUUCUAGAGGGCUAUAGACUAGUCAAACAUGGGACAGAAGUUGGAGUAAAACCCAAAGCUAUUUUUCUUUUUCCAGAUCAUCUGACAUUAUUUAUUUAACUUUGUACGAAGAUGUUAAAUUAUUUCAGAUUCCAUAUAAAACAAUACAAUUGUGGAGUAAUUUAGCAACUUCUCCUGGAAUUAUAGGUAGGUUUAUAUUACUAUCUAAUUAAGUGUCAUACAUGUAAUGUCAUAUAAUUACUACACGCACAUUAACUAUGCGUAAAAUUAUAUUUAUUAUGUGCAAAAUUACACAACAAGCAAAAGAAUAAUUAUGAUUUUCUUUUCACCUAAUCAUUAUGGAAGCGCUGGAUUAAGAAGAUUUAAAAAUGCAAGGACAGAAUGUAUCAGAUGGACUAGCACCGAAUCUGUGUCAUUUGCAAAAGCCAUGAGUAAAGAUGGAUGUACGGAUGAAAAACAAUGAAAAGAGAUGAUGUUUACAGCCAUAAACGAACAAAACGACUGCAACCGAGGUCAUUAUUAGAUAUCAGAUGAAUAUAUCGAUUAGUGAAAGAUUAUUUCAAACUACUCGAUGCUUUAAUGAAGUCUUCUAUUAACAAAUUAUUUAAAGAUAUAAAAUUUAUUUUUCUGCUCAGCCUUCAUUUGGACAAGGUGUCGAUAGGCACUUAUUUGGUUUAAAAAUGAUAGCUUCUAUCGAAUCAAUGUGUCUUCCAGAAUUGUAUAAGGAUGUUGCAUAUAUUAAAAGUACAUACUAUGAUUUAACAACGAGUCAAGUAAGAAAUAAACAUAGUUAUUCCGAAUAAACAUGUUUACAAUUGUGGAUACAAGUUUUGAUGUAAUUCUCUAAUCAACAGGUACCUCAUAAAACAUCGUCAUUUAUGUGUUACGGUCCGGUUGUACCAGAAGGUUACGGUUGUUGUUAUAAUCCUCGAGAGAACGAUAUUCUCUUUCGUUGCUCUCCCUUCAAAUCCAGUACAAAAGCAGACGCAACACAAUUUGCCAACACUUUAAAAGAAACUUUGUGUCGGAUGAGAAACUUAUGUAAUGUUUGAUUAUAUUGAUAUACUAUGUAAUAGUAUAAAUAUAUAAUUAUUUCAUUUGUUAACUUGGAUAGAUUAUCCAUACGCUAUAUUGUUUUCAUAAUUUAUAUUUAAACAAUAAAAUUCUCAAUUUCUAAGCAUAAUAUAAAAAAUAUUUAAUAUCUAUUUGAAUUUUUUUCUUUGGGGGAAAAAAAAAGGAGGAAUCGUCGAAAAAAAAAGGAAGCAAUGUUCCCAGCGCGAUUUAUCAAAGUGACCUCUCAUCUUUGUAUAAUUUUUUUUUUAUUUUUGAUAACAUACAAUAUAAAAUAUUACAAAAUUAACUAAGUUGUGAUGAAAAUAUAUAUAUUCUAUUAUUGUUGUCUACCCGUAAUAUUCCACAUGAUAUUGUACUUCUUAUGGUUGUGUUUAUACAAUAAUUGAUAUAAAUAAAAAUAAUCUAUACCGUACAAUGAAAA